AUGCAACAAUUUAUUCAAACCCGGGAUUAUCAACGGUCUGCUAUAAAUGGAUAUCUAGACAAGGAAGGACAGACUUACAAUGAAGUAGGAGAAAGGCUUUACAAUUGUUGUAAUAAAGGGGUAUCUGAUUGGAUCACUAAUCAAAUUCGAACUGCUCAGGAAAUGCAACGAUUUGAGAACAAGAUAAAUGAAGGCUCAAUAUCGAACAAAACGAAUCACUUCGAAUCAGAGUACGAUUCGACCGAAGAUAUCGAGAUUGCUGGAGGUGUAGAAUCAGUCAGCAGAUUUGCAAGAGUAUUGAGAAUAAACAAGCAUACCAAUAAAACAGAAUAG